AUUGUCCCCGGGCAUCUUCACAUUGUCAAAUCUGUCCCUCUUUGAAAGAAGUUUGGACAGCUCUGGUUUGUCAGACUGUGCUGUGGAUGAACAGCAGACCUCUGCCUGUAGGCGGCACCAUGGCGCUUUUCACGGUACAGCCUGCCGGAAGUUCAUUAGAAGAAGAAGAAGGGCAGCUCUUCCUUGGAGACGAUGGACGCCUGAGUGGUCGCUAUGCACAAAGAAGUUACAAUAACGUGUGAGCAUGAAACAUUACAGCUGAUGGCUGGUUAAUAGUUCGGGUAGAGAUGUGGAAACGAGGCGGUCGAAGCUCCGCUCUGGACCGGGCUCAGGCUCUGCUGUCCGCCAGGAGGGACAGCAGAGGGGACGCUGAGUCCGUCACCCCGGUACACACCGGUGUUGUGAGGAGCAGGGCUGCCCCCCCGAACACGCACGCUUUACUCUCUGAUCUGAGUGACCUGUCCUCGGUCAGCUCAGCCUCCGAGCAUGGAGCUGACCCCGAGGCUGCUGCUGCUGCUGGGAGGACCCAGGGAGGAGAGGGGGCUUCCACCAAGGAUCUGAGACCUCAGAGCUCUCUGGGUGGAGGAGGUAACAGGUUCUUAAAGAAGGCUCCACCACCUCCAAACAACAACAGUCGGUCACCUGUCCGCAAGAGCCAAAUGCAGCAUCCUGAACCCAGAAAUGUUUCAUCCUCUCUACGAGGCUCGCAGACUGCUGCUCUGAGUAGACUGGCUCAAAUUGAGAGCCGGAUACGCAGCCGCCAGCAGACCGGGCAGUGGGCAAAACCUGCCAAAGAUCAAACCUCAGACUUGGGAAUCCAAGUCCAACCACCAGCAGCUGCCCAGUCCCCGGAGGCCUCUGGGCAACUCUCAGCACAGUCCAGCAGUGAGCACAGCCUGAAGGGGAAUCGUUUCCUUAAGAGCAACGCAGCCAUCACCGCCACUGCUGCUGCUAGAGCUCCACAAAGCCCAGAUGUUGGCGUCAGGUUCAGAUCUAGAGCUGCUGAUGCUGUCGUGCCUUCGCUGGGUUUGGAGACAAACUCAGGGAGAGUAUUGAGCGGUGUGUGUCUGGAAAGUGAUGAAGAGGACAUGAGGAAACUCCUUGGAGACUCAUUGAAUUCAAUGGACAACAGCUUCUUAAUACCUGGGAGAGCAGCAGACAAGAUGUCAAACAAAAGCAGUCAGAAGGUCCAGCCCACACCUCCUCACACCGCCGCGCCACCUCGCUCCCCUACCUCCCCCUCUCGUCGCAGCUCACCAUUCCGAUUCACCGGCCACACUCAGGCCCACUUCAGCCCCUCUGUGCUCUCCCUGUCGCCGCCCCCUCCCAACGUCUCCACCCCCUCUCCCCCAGGCAGGCUGAACUUCCCUCACGGGGCGUCGAGUCCGCAGCGUUCCCUCUCCUCCCUGUCAGGCUGCAGUGAGGUGCUCUCUCUGGAGGAGCUCUUCCCUGUUGGGCCUGCCUCUGAAGAUCGGCACAGUGAGAUGAGUGCAGUUUCUUCUGAAGAUGAAGAACAAGACUUCAAGAUAAAUGUGAUGACAUUAGAUGACCUUGUCCCUGCUGAACUUGGAUUUACUAAUGACACAGCAGGAAAGGAGAGAGAAGCCAAACUCAGCGCCCCUGAUCCCGGAUCCCCAAACAGACGACAGCUGCUAAGAUCGAAGGAGAAGCAGAAGGGAGAGGAACAGUGGCAGGAGGAGGAGGAGAAAGAGGAUUUGCUGGACUACCAGAGUGACUUUGAGAGUGAGAACAGGACAGCGCCAGAUCUCAGUGCGAGCCAGGUUUCCGAGCACUUGCAAGGACACGACGAUGAAAAGGAGUUGGUGUCGGAGGUCAGAGAGGAGGCAGAAUACGAUUACUCGACCACUUUCUCAGACACAAGUUGCUCCUCCACCUUACGGACCUCAGAUGGCAGUGAAACACUCAGCAGGAGCAGGGACUCCAAAUCCUCCAGAUCCUUUGUGUCACAUAGCGGCGAGUCGAGGAGGCGUGCUUCAACUAGAAUGGUUUUAAAAGAGGCAGCAGUGCAGACUCAGUCUGAUCCACUGGCUUCCACACGGCCUGCCGGUCUGUCUGCUUUGAGUCCUGCAGUAGCCAUGGCCUACAUGGAUCCCAGCCCAGUGGUCACUCAUAUGCUCAGUGCAGAAAUGGUGGAAGCCCUCAGCACCUUUAAUCCAGCUGUAUUUGCGCUCAAUGAAUUACUGAAGCAGCAAGUUGCCACGACGAGGCAGUUCAUCGAAAGCAGCCGACACCUUCACUCCAGCCUGGUGAAGAGCCUGGAACCACCAAACUACAGAUACACCACGCUGGAAGACACCAAGAAGUACAUUCUGAAGCGCAGACCUCCCAAACUCACGGUGGAGGAAGCCUUAGAGGAGGUGCUGCAGGAGGCGAGAGACCACCAUCACAUCUGAGCUGGAUUACUGAAACCUUGUGUGUGGAACAAGAGACAUUUUGCCACAACCAUUUUAUUACGAAAUGUUUUAUACACAAUCAGUCAUAAAUGGUAAAUGGACUGUACUUAUAUAUCUCCUUUCUAGUCUUCCGACCACUCAAAGUUCUUUACACUACAUAUCUCAUUCACCCAUUCACACACAUU